AUGCCAGCCCAAGACGACUUGUCGCAGCGGAAGUGGUGGCUGAAGGAUCCGGCGGUGUUGGACGAGUCGGACAAGUCCUUCCUCUGCGAGACAUGCAGACACAUCAACUUCCGCUUCAUGCUCUUUGAAAAGCCCAUGCUCGAUGUACGCGGAGACUACGAGAUACCGCUGGGGUCUUACUCGGACGUCUUGGAACGGCAAUCCUGCGCCUUCUGUCGACUGGUCAAGGCCGCCCUGGACAGUUCGCGGAAUUCUGAAGACGAAGCCGUGCCCACGGAACACGAGGGGAAGCCGGUCAUGCUCUCGAUGGACGGGACCCCCCUGGGCACGACACUUAAUGCGUCGCAUCCUCGCCUGCUGUCCGUGUUUCUCACGCCGGAUCCUCAGCGCAAGAAGGGCACGCCAGCGACGAAGUCAGGGCCGACUCGACAGAUCCAGCUUCUCUACCAGGAAGGGGAAGGGGGGGAAGCUUCGGCCCGCGGCUCGGCGCGCGGCCGGCCGGUCGACCACGAGCAGCUGGAUUAUCUCCUGGCCAUGUACUGGGUCCGGUCCUGCCGGUUGGGCUGGGGCGUUCACAAGAAAGAGGCUGAUUCCGACGAACUCGAGUCGCGGCGGAAGCUGCCUCCCAAUUUCCGGCUCAUCGAUGCCCAGGGCAUGCGCAUCGUCGAGGCUGAUCCUUCCAUGCAAUAUGUCACCCUGAGCUAUGUCUGGCCCAAGGCUCCACAACUGAAGCUCGAGAUGGGAAACAGAGACGAUCUCAUGGGCCCGGGUAGGCCCUUGGCCAAGCCGCAGUUCAGAGACAGAAUUCCACAGACAAUCCGGGAUGCCAUGGAGAUCUGUCGCCGCAUCAACGACCGCUAUUUGUGGGUCGAUGCUCUCUGCAUCAUCCAGGACGACGACCGUAUCGACGGGGACAAGUCGGCCCAGAUCCGGGCCAUGGACAUCAUCUACGGCGCAUCAGUCCUCACGAUUGCCGCGACGUGUGGGAAUGGGGCCGAGGCCAGUUUGCCGGGUGUCAGUGCCGGUCCGCGGAAGCUUAUCCAGAGAAUGGAGAUCGUCCAGGGCCUCCGUUUGGCCAACCGCCCCUGGGACUUCGACAAGUCUGUCUCGGAAUCCAAAUGGAACACCAGAGCUUGGACAUUCCAGGAACGGGUGCUAUCCAAGAGGACGCUCUUCAUUACGCCUCAGAUGAUGUUUUUCCGGUGCGACCAUAGCCCCUCGCUGGCGCAAGAGGAUCUGAACGUGGAGCCCGAGGUUCGCAGACGGGUCACUUGGCCUAUGGACGACACGGGAGAGGACCGGAUCCCGAUCCAUGGGAGCAUCAACACCGAAACCUACCGAAGAACCGUGGAGAACUUCACCUCGCGCGACAUCACCAAGAAGUGCGACAUCCUCAACGCCUUCAGGGGCAUCGAGGCCAGGAUGGAGCCCAUUUUCCGAAGCGGCUUUCUCUACGGACUGCCUCAGUCCGAGCUCGAUUAUGGCUUGAUGUGGGAGCCUGUCGGGGAGAUCAAGCGCCGCGUCUGUCGGGACGUAGAUUGCAAGAACCUCGGUUGUCCCAGCCCCAACAGCCUCGAUCCCAUAUUCCCUAGCUGGUCCUGGGCGGGCUGGGAGGGCGCUGUGACCUAUCCUCUCCGGGACCGACUGUCUCGUGUGCGCUGGGUCGAAUCGCGUCCUGGAGUUGCUGGACAAGCAUCGACAGAGCAGACGUUCACCAGCGCCGAGUACCGGGGUCCGAGCCCCCAGGAUGGAAAUGGAGGUACAAGUACAAGUACAACGGAAUCGGAGUGGUGGGAGGAAUGGCAGCAGGACAAGACGAAAAGGGGGAUCCGCUUCUUCCACCACCCUUCCGAUCCCGACGCCUGGUUCCUCAAUCCCACUGCGCCUGGGCCACGCCGGGGUCCGAAUUGCGACCCAGACACCCCCCAGCACCUGUGGCUGGAAGCUCAGACCCUCCAGGUCAACAUGUCCAGGGACUGGAACCCGCAGAGCACAGCAGUGUUGCAUGCAGGAACGCGGGAAGACACGAUGCCUCCCGUUUGGCAACUCAGCCUCCAGAAUGAUGACCGGAAACUCAUGGGCUAUUUCCGCGUGCCCACACAUCUGGCAAACGAGCUGAGCCACGAGAAGAAGUACUCGGCUGUGCGCAUCGCCAGGGUGCGAGCACACUAUCUCACGCCGCAACAGAUCCGGGAACGGAAAAAGGACGGGAAGGAAGAUCCGCGUCCGUUGCCUGCUGAGCCUGCAGCAUCCACCACCACCGACCAUGGAUUCGAGAGGGACUCGGAUGAGGACGACGACGUGUUGACGGAGGCAGCGUCAUACCCGGACGAGGUGAGCACAGAAGACGCAGCGCACCCCUUGCCGUUUGACCGCCAGCGGUACGACGCCUAUAAGCCGUUCUGCAUGUAUGAAUUCCUGUUUGUUGAACGCGUCGGCAACGUUGCCUUCCGCCUCGGGACGGGCAUGAUGCAUGUCGAUGCCUGGGCGCAGGAGAAGCUCGAGACAGAGAUCCUCACCCUGGCCUGA